UUACCAACUACCCCUAAUAACACCAGCGAAGAAGAGGAAGCUAACCUGUGUAGUUAGCAAGCCGACAAUAAACAAACAGAAAAACUACCACGACCUUGAACCUACAGAACAUGUCAGCCGAUACCAAGAUCGCAGAGCUGCUCACAGAGCUCCAUCAGCUCAUCAAACAGACCCAGGAGGAGAGGUCCCGCAGUGAACACAAUCUACUCAACAUCCAGAAAACACACGAGAGGAUGCAGACGGAAAACAAAACGUCGCCGUACUACCGGACCAAGCUGAGGGGACUGUACACCACAGCCAAAGCAGACGCUGAGGCAGAGUGCAGCAUUCUGCGUCACGCUCUCGAUAAAAUUGCAGAGAUCAAAUCUUUGUUGGAGGAGAGGAGAAUAGCUGCUAAGAUGGCGGGCGUUUACAGCGACAGCGACCCUCCCAGGAAGACGAUGAGGCGAGGCGUCCUGAUGACGCUCCUCCAGCAGUCGGCCAUGACGCUUCCUCUGUGGAUCGGCAAACCGGGGGAAAGCCCCCCUCCUCUGUGCGGCGCCACUCCGGCCAGCAGCGACUACGUGGCCAAGCAGGGCGACAAGGUGGCGGCGAGGGUGAAGGCCGUGGACGGGGACGAGCAGUGGAUCCUGGCUGAGGUGGUCAGCUACAACCACUCCACCAACAAAUACGAAGUGGACGACAUCGACGAAGAAGGCAAAGAGAGACACACCCUGAGCCGGCGGCGGAUCAUCCCGCUCCCUCAGUGGAAGGCGAACCCAGAGACCGACCCCGAGGCUCUGUUCAGUAAGGACCAGCUGGUCCUGGCCCUCUACCCUCAGACCACCUGCUUCUACCGGGCCCUCAUCCACACUCCCCCGCACAGGCCUCAGGACGACUACUCGGUGCUGUUCGAGGACACGUCGUACGCCGACGGUUACUCCCCCCCGCUCAACGUGGCUCAGCGAUACGUGGUCGCCUGCAAAGAGAACAAGAAGAAGUGACCGGAGGACAAAGAAUGAAGCUUCUGUUUCUGUUUCGAAACGGCACCGAUUUCCAUUUUUGUAUGAAAUGUUUUGUGUAUUCAGACUCUCGUGUUUGUCUGAAAGGUUCACAGUUUGAACAACAACAACACUGAACAGACUUUUUAACAUCGUUUAAAUGAGACCAAAAUCACCACCAGGACGCAGAGAAGAACUGAAAUUUACGACAAACACCUGAACGCCUCAUAUGAAUCCAUAGAUCAUUGUACGGAAGCUCGUUUCUGCCAAUGUGACGUAAAGAAGAUUCUGUACGUCGUUAUAAUGAGAAACUUUAUCCAAAUAUUGACUUGGAGAAAGUUUCUCAUUAUAAUGAGUUACAGGAUCUUCUGUAGCAGUCUGUAGUGUGUUCACAGACAAAAUAAAAUACUGAGAACAGUCAGCACGGAGACCGAAGCCCCUCUGAUUUCUGGCUGUUGAUGUACACUACUGUCCCAGAAUGCAUUGCACAGAGGAAUGUAGGAGCUGCUCACAGCUGGAGCUCCAGCAGCGGUUCAGAAAACAGAAACUAUUAAACUCAUUAAAUGUGA